CCUCCUUCUUCUACUCAACAGAAUUACAAAUAACAAUAACUCAUUCCCCAAUCACGCGCCAUGGAUACAAACUCCUACCCCACAUUUUCACGCGCCGCCGAUUCCCUCAACAAUUUCAAUUUCCCCUCCCCCAUAGAGGCGUCCUCAUUGCAGCAUCAGCAAACACUCUGCAACUACGACUCGCUAUCGCAACUCAACUCGGACGUGAGUUACAAUAAUAAUGCUGGUGGAAAUUAUAAUAGCUGCAGCAGCGGGUGUACUAGCUACAUGGGAUCGCCGAGUUCGCUGGCGAGUUACGAGACUCAAGGAGUUUCCGACCGGUUGAUGCAGAGGAGCAUUAGUAGCCACUCGCUGCAAAAGAAUCAUGGACCCCACCGUCACCAUAAUCCUUUUUCUUCUUUGUUUGCUGAAUUGCUCGAUACAGAUAAUUGUCCGGUGCGACGAGUUUACAGUGCUGGUGACAUUCAGAGAGUUCAUGGAAUGCAACAAUAUUAUCAUCAAUCAGAUAGUCCUUUGUCAGCCGAGAGUAGCAUGAUAAUAGAACAAAUGAGCAGACCAGCUAGUCCUUACAGCCCACAAGAAAAGAAGGUCAGGAUUGAAAGAUAUAAAUCCAAGAGAAACCAGAGGAACUACAACAAGAAAAUUAAGUAUGUUUGCAGGAAGACAUUGGCAGACAGUAGGCCACGCAUUAGAGGAAGAUUCGCUAAGAAUGAUGAAAUUGUAAUGAACCCUCCAAGUCAGUGGAACCAUAAUAAUGGAGAGGAAAUAGAAGAUGAUGAAGAAGAAGAAAAUUGGGACAAUUUCUUUCACUCAUUGCUUCCUACUUCAAAUCUACCUCAACACAGUUCUUCUUUUGGCGUGCAAUAUUAAAAUAUCGCGCUUUUGAUUUGACCGAUAAAUUAAAUGCAUGUUUGAAUUUAUCGUAAAUUUAAAUAAAUUAUAAGAAUUAAUAAUUUUUUAUAAUUUAUUAAUUUAACUGUAAAUUCAAACAUGCAUUUGAAAUUACCUUUAACUUUCUUUUUUAAUAUUGUGAUGCACUUUUGAUUUUUGAUGAAAGUAGAUAAUGCAAAUGUAAAUAUAUAGAGUUAUUUUAAGCAUGGAUGUGACCAUGUGCAAAAGAGUUUCAAUCUAGUGUAGGGUGAAAUUUUUUAGUGACCUUUUAUAUUAUCGCUAUAGGUAGAUUAGGGUUCAAU